UCUUCUCUCCCAGACGUCUCUCUUCUGUCACUCAAAUUGCAAACAAAGCUUUUCACUCCCAAUCCAAUCUUUCCCUCUCAAGCUUUCCAAUCAAACAAAAGUCUACUUUCAUGGUUGAUCAAGACUACGAGAUCCCGAGCUCUUUCGACCCAUUUGCCGACCCCGAAGUAGCCGACUCCGUCCCCUUCAGCGGCCGAGGCAAGGAGUACUGCAUCCACAUCCGGGUCCAGCAAAGGAAUGGGAAGAAGUGCCUGACCACGGUUCAGGGGUGUAACAAGGACUUGGACUUGGACAAGGUCCUCAAGAGUCUCAAGAAGGAGUUUUGUUGCAACGGCAAUGUGGUCCAAGACAAAGUGCUGGGGAAGAUAAUUCAGCUCCAAGGUGAUCAGCGCAAGAACGUCUCUAAGUACCUUGUCAAGGCUGAUAUUGUCAAGAAAGAACAUAUCAAGAUUCAUGGUUUUUGAAUCUUUUGGUUCAUCAUCUAUUAA